CGUUCCACCAGAAUGAAGAGGACGUUCCUGAAGCUUCUACCAAAGGCUGCCUAUCCUGUCAUCUUCCUAAGCCCACCUCUCAGUCCUGUUGGUGACAGAAGAAUUGAGAAUACAACUAAGCUCAAGGCCAUCACCAAAGGAUGCUCUGGUCCAAAUGUUUCAAUGGUUCCACCGGAAGCUAGAAGAAAGUCGAAGAACGGGAGCUUUGACACUCGAGAACCAACCUCACCCAAGGUUUCAUGCAUGGGACAAAUCAACAGCAAGAAGAAGAAGAACAAAAGUAAGACGGUUCUGCCUCCAACUGAAAAACCUAAGCCUGUCCCAUCUCCUGGAAAGUCUAAGAAGAAUCCAUUUGCCAUUCAUAGGAUCUUUCAGGGCUCAAAUCAUUGUAGAAAAUCGGGCCAUAUUGAUGUUAAGCAACCAGCUCCAGAUAGAACUCCUUCUCUGAGUCAGAUGAAGGGGUUUGCGAGCGGGCGUGAUGCGUUUAUGAAUUUUGAUUGGAGGGUUCACGGUGCUGCUGUUGCCCCUGACAACCAAAACCAUUGUUCUGAUGGCAAGGAAGAAGGAGAACAGAAGGCGAUCAUUUCAUUUUCUGCACCCAUAGCGGUGGGUGGAGCAGUGGCUGUAGGGCCGAAGAAAGCAAUCGAUUUGUGGAAGAGAAGAACCGUGCCUCCUCCUCCCGCUCUUCAGCUGUAAAAAGGAGUGAGCCAACUAUGUAAGCAUCACUUCCAACUAUUUCAUCAAACUGAUUCCAAAUGAGGAAAAUAUUUCAUUUUCUUGAGCCAGUUCCUCAAAAAGUCCUUCAGGACCUGUAAUAAUUUUAUUCACUGUGAGAUCAGAUAUAGUUAUGCCAUGCAUGUAUUGGAGUGAUCUGUCCAUUGAAGUUGUCUGCCAUAUCCAUCACCGUUUAACCAACUCUGAGAAUGUCUGUAAAUCUUUUGGGAGUGGAGAAAAGAUGAGAGGAAGGAGACGAUAGAAAAUAUCAGCAAGUUAAUCUGUCGUACACUUUGGCUUGGUCAAUUGCACCUAUUUUAUUAUAUAGCUUUAAAAUAUAUUUUCUAGACACAUUGGCUGAGCCUGAUGCUUAUUUUCUUUCCAAAGCCGGCACUGUAGUCUGAAAUUGCUAGGCUGGCCUCAGGCUUCGAAAUAAGUCUUCUACCAAAUUCUUAUGUCCUGUGUCAUGUCGGGUGGUUUUUUUUUUUUUUUCUUUCUUUUGAAUGUCAUUUUGUGUAAGUCAUCUCUGUACUAUCAAGGAAGAAGAAAUUGCAACUUUUAAA